UUUUACCUACUACAUAUCUGGAAACUUUGGUAAAUUCUCUUAUUAAUUCUAAUUAUUUUUAUGUAGAUUCUAAAAUUAUCUUGUCUAUAAUUAAUGAUAAUUUUAUUUUUAUUUUCUAAACCUUAUACUUUUGAUACCUUCCUAUCACUAAAUUGUCUAAAACCUCUGGGAAAAUGUGAAAGAGAAAUGAUGAUGGGGCAUUCUUGUCUUGUUCCUGAUUUUGAAAGGAGGGCUUUUAACAUUUCAUCAUUACAUAUAGUGUUUGGCAUCUCUAGUGACUGUGCUGCCUUAUAUUUUGGAGCACACUUUUCUCAUGCUUGAUUGGAAAGAGCUCAAGUCAAGUUUAGCCUUGGAGCAAGAGGCAAAAUCAUAUGCCUUAGAUCUAGAUUACUUAGGCUAGUGUAGUAGAGAAGAAGGAUUUUCUAUGUGGCCCACUAGAAUUUGACACUGGGGUUUGGGGCCACAGCCCCAGCUAAUAUUCUCUGUAGAUACAUUUUCCUCCAAAACCUUGAAGUCAGGAUUUGAGUAGUUUUGAGUCCCAGCCAAAACCACCUCCUAAUGCAGUGAGUGGGUAUCAGAAUCACACAUUGGUGGGCCCUAACCCAGAGUUUAUGACUCAGAGUCCCUGGGGUAGGGACUGAUAAUUUGCAUUUCUUUUUUUUUUAACUUUUUAAAAUGUUUUGUUUAUUUUCGAGAGAGAGACAGAGUGCAAGCAGGGAGGGGCAGAGAGAGAGGGAGACACAGAAUCUGAAGUAGGCUCUAGGCUCUGAGCUGUCAGCACAGAGCCCAAUGCAGGGCUUGAACUCAUGAACUAUGAGAUCAUGACCUGAGCUGAAGUCAGACACUUAACUGACUGAGCCACCCAGGCACCCUGAGAAUUUGCAUUUCUAAGAAGUUCCCAGGUGAUGCUGAUACUGCUGGUCCCAGAACCACACUUUGAAAACUAGUCUUCUUUUUGGUCUCCACCAUGGAAACAAUAUGAUGAAGGGGAUGUCAUCAUUUGAAAAGCAUUGCAAUAAGAUGCAUGCAUUGUGCUGCUGCUGUGGCUCUAAGUCCUACCACCUUCAGAAAUUGACCUGUGGCAAAUGUGUCUAUCUUGCCAAGCAGAAGAGAAAGUAUAACUGGAGUGGCAAAGCUAAAAGACGAAAUACCACUGGGACUGGUCAAAAGAGGCACCCAAAAAUUGUGUGCCACAGAUUCAGACAUGGAUUCUGUGAAGGAACAACACCUAAACCCAAGAGGGUGGCUGUUGCAGCAUCCAGUUCAUCGGAAGGAUUCAAUGAUUAGUCACAAGAUAAAUGUUCUGGUUUGAAAGAAAGAAAGAAAGAAAGAAAGAAAGAAAGAAAGAAAGAAAGAGAGAGAGAAACGCUGCCCUAACCAGCUCCUUAAAACAUCCCAACAGUGACAAUCCAGAGACAAGGAAACAAAAUUAUUAAAGUGCCUGAGGGGUGCCUGGGUGGCUCAGUUGGUUGAGCAUCUAUCUGACUUCAGCUCAGGACAUGAUCUCACGGUUCAUGUGUUCAAGCCCUGUGUCAGGCUCUGUGCUGAUAGCUCAGAGCCUGGAGCCUGCUUCAGAUUCUGUGUCUCCCUCUCUCUCUCCCC